CUUUCGAUUGGUAUGAUAAUUAUCUAAAUUGGGUAGGAUUGAAGUCAGAUAUGACCCUAAAUAUGCCCGCGAGAGGAAUUGACGCUUUAGAAAUCCCAAACAGAAGAAUUGGCAAAACAGCAACAGCUCUCGUUAAAAAACUUUGUAGAGAUAACCCGGCAGAAAGGCUUGGUUCUGGUAGUGGAGGUGUUAAUGAUAUACGGAAACAUAGAUGGUUUAUGGGCUUUGAUUGGGAGGGGCUUAGAACGAGGACGUUGAAACCGCCGAUUAUACCUAAAGUCAGCAAUCCAGCAGACGUUUCCAACUUUGACAAUUACCCACCGGAUGAGGACAUUCCCCCAGACGAGUUUAGCGGCUGGGAUGAGGGUUUCUAA